UAAGAAAAAGGAAAAGAAGAAAGCAAGAAAGUUGAGCCAAAAAAUGCAAGACAGGGCAGAUAAAGAAGGCAGGUAGAAGAGAAUAAAGCCAAAGGAAAGACUGAGAAAGAAGGAGAUGAGGGAAAAAGGGAAGAAAAGAAGAGCAAAAAAGGAAUGUGGGCUAUAGGAAGAUGCAGGGAUCUUUCUUUAACGAACCGAAGUUACAGCUAUCUUUCACUUUCAAAUCAAUUGUCUAGAUCUUAUCCGUUUCCUUUGUAAAGGUUGUCUGCGCUGCUAAAGGAAGCUAGUUAGUACUCCUACUCCGCCCCACGCGUGGCUGCGCUGUUCUAUCCCCCGCCACUGAGAGCAAGUUCAACCCAAGUGAGAAGCAUCGCAGGAGCGCGACUUUGGGAACACUCCAGCGACUGGUUGUCACUCGGGAACCUAACAGGAUUAAUACCCGGAGAUGGAUUACGCUGUCUGUCACCAAUUCGCCUAAAGAUUAUAAUCCAAUUUAUGCCCAUUACAGUCAGUAUUAACUUUAUCUGCUAUUUUAAGACUCCCAGUUGUCCCUGGCGUUCUCAGAGGACAAUCUUCCACGUUCUGAUGCAACCCAGCAGGCUGUCAGGAGGGGCAACCUCCCCAAGAAAACAACUCCUAGCCUGGUCCCCGCGGGUCUGCACCCAGCAGCACUCCCAGUGUGCCGUGCAGGUGAAGCUGGAGCUGGGGCACCGCGCCCAGGUGAGGAAAAAACCCACCGUGGAGGGCUUCACCCACGACUGGAUGGUGUUCGUGCGCGGCCCGGAGCACAGUAACAUACAGCACUUUGUGGAGAAAGUCGUCUUCCACUUGCACGAAAGCUUCCCUAGGCCAAAAAGAGUGUGCAAAGAUCCACCUUACAAAGUAGAAGAAUCUGGGUAUGCUGGUUUCAUUUUGCCAAUUGAGGUUUAUUUUAAAAACAAGGAAGAACCUAAGAAAGUUCGCUUUGAUUAUGACUUAUUCCUGCAUCUUGAAGGCCAUCCACCAGUGAAUCACCUCCGCUGUGAAAAGCUAACUUUCAACAACCCCACGGAGGAAUUUAGAAGAAAGUUGCUGAAGGCAGGAGGGGACCCUAACAGGAGUAUCCAUACCAGCAGCAGCAGCAGCAGCAGCAGCUGUAGCAGCAGCAGCAGCAGCAGUAGCAGCAGCAGCAGCAGCAGCAGUAGCAGCAGCAGCAGCAGUAGCAGCAGCAGCAGCAGCAGCAGCAGCAGCACCAGUUUUUCCAAGCCUCACAAAUUAAUGAAGGAGCACAAGGAAAAACCUUCUAAAGACUCCAGAGAACAUAAAAGUGCCUUCAAAGAACCUUCCAGGGAUCACAACAAAUCUUCCAAAGAAUCCUCUAAGAAACCCAAAGAAAAUAAACCACUGAAAGAAGAAAAAAUCGUUCCUAAGAUGGCCUUCAAGGAACCGAAGCCCAUGUCAAAAGAGCCAAAACCAGACAGUAACUUACUCACCAUCACCAGUGGACAGCAAGAUAAGAAGGCUCCUAGUAAAAGACCCCCCAUUUCAGAUUCUGAAGAACUCUCAGCCAAAAAAAGGAAAAAGAGUAGCUCAGAGGCUUUAUUUAAAAGUUUUUCUAGCGCGCCACCACUGAUACUCACUUGUUCCGCUGAUAAAAAACAAAUAAAAGAUAAAUCUCAUGUCAAGAUGGGAAAGGUCAAAGUUGAGAGUGAGACGUCAGAGAAGAAGAAAUCAGCUUUACCGCCCUUUGAUGACAUUGUGGAUCCCAAUGAUUCCGACGUGGAGGAGAAUAUGUCCUCUAAAUCUGAUUCUGAACAACCCAGUCCUGCAAGUUCCAGCUCCAGUUCCAGCUCCAGCUUUACACCGUCCCAGACCAGGCAACAAGGUCCUUUAAGGUCUAUAAUGAAAGAUCUGCAUUCUGAUGACAAUGAAGAGGAAUCAGAUGAGGCAGAGGAUAAUGACAAUGACUCCGAAAUGGAGAGACCUGUAAAUAGAGGAGGCAGCCGAAGUCGCAGAGUUAGCUUAAGUGAUGGCAGCGAUAGUGAAAGCAGUUCCGCUUCCUCACCCCUCCAUCAUGAACCCCCGCCACCCUUAUUAAAAACCAACAACAACCAGAUUCUUGAAGUGAAAAGUCCAAUAAAGCAAAGCAAGUCAGAUAAGCAAAUAAAGAAUGGUGAAUGUGACAAGGCAUACCUAGAUGAACUGGUAGAGCUUCACAGAAGGUUGAUGACACUGAGGGAAAGACACAUUCUGCAGCAGAUUGUGAACCUUAUAGAAGAGACUGGACACUUUCAUAUCACAAACACAACGUUUGAUUUUGACCUUUGCUCGCUGGACAAAACCACAGUCCGUAAACUACAGAGUUACCUGGAAACAUCUGGAACAUCCUGAGGAUACAACAACUGGAUGCAUCAAAAACUAUUCUUUUUUUUUUGGUUGUGAUUUUUUUUUCUUGUUUGUUUAUAUGAAAACACUCAGAAUGAUGCAACCAAAAGGGAAAAAAUAAAAAUCAAACAACCUUCAGCUUUAUUUUUCUUUAAAGCCAGUCAUCAUCUCUUGAUAAAGGAGAGGUUAAGAAAACCAGCCUCAGCGGACCACUCUUCUCUCCAAGGAAAUUCUCUCCGGGAAGAGUUAGCCUGGAUAGCCUUGAAAACAAACAGAUCAAACACAAUACAAGAAAACUUAAAGAAUGUGUAUGGUAUCUUGUAUCUCUCUCUGCGGUGGUUCGUUCCACAGGACGAAUGCAUAUUCAACACACUGCCUUAUUACAUAACUGAUCUAUUUAUUAUCGCAUACAGAUAUUCUAGAGUCGUUGAGGGAAUGACACCACAAGACAUUCUAAGUACUUGGUCCCGUGGAUGCUCUUUCAAUGCAGCGCCCUUGCCAUCCCAAGCCCAGUGACCUUACUCGUAUACCGUGCCACUCUCCACCAACUUUUUCCAAGUCCCUUAACUCGUUGCAGUCUGUAUUUUUCACCUUGUUUUUCCAGUUCCAGGACACAACUGAUCAACUGGGGGGACCAAACAGCCACCCUGAUUUUCUUCUUUGUGGUCUUUUUCCUGAAAGUUGGGGCCCAGUCUUUGGCUGUAUCCAUAUAAUGAUCUUGGACCAUGGUAGAAAACGCACCAAAUAGGAUCAUAUGACUUGCUGUCUAGCCUUAGUCAAUAAAUCUGUAGGACUUUUAAACAAAUGUGUACCUGUAAACGUCCUGCAUUCAACACUGUCGAGCUGUCAUCAACAUCUUGUGUCUGUUUCACUGUUACAAUAGUAGAUAAAUAUGGAAGUGAAUGCAUUCCACAGGAUCAUCAUUUUUUUUAAAAAAAAAAAAGGAAUUCCAGUUCUGUUUUCUAAAGAAAUGUUGUAGAAAUUCUUAAUUUGGAGCUAUUUAUUAGAAAGAGUUUCAGCUUUCUUCAGCUGCCAGUGUGUUAUCCAUCUUUAUCAUCAAACCUGGAAUAAGAGAUUUUUGUUGGUUCACAUAUGAUCCUUAGACUCUUUUCUAUUUGAAAAAUUAAAAUCUUGGGGGGGGGAAAUUCUUGGUUAUUCUGCCAUAACAGAUUAUGUAUUAACUUGUAGAUUCAGUGGUUCGAUACCUGUUUAGUCACUUGCUUAUGUUUCCAGAAGGAUUUCUUGUAUUGGUGAAAAUAAAGAUGGUUGGGGAGGGGGGAUAUUUUUGUUCUUGAUGUACCCUGUUUUGAAACUAGAAAUCUGUCCUGUGGCAUGCAAAAGAAAGCAAAUUAUUUUUAAAAGAAAAAAAAAAAAAGAAAACAAAACCAAA